GCUGAGCGCGCCUGAGUGGCUGGUGCGCGCCUUCCUCGCGGCCCGCAGGACGUCACUCAGACAGAGACACUGCGAAGAUGGCGAUGCGAGCGGGGCUCCGGUGCGCCUCCGUUAACUUUCCUUUGGCGUUGUCCCUGCUGUCCCGAUCUACACAGAGAGCCCCUUCCCAGCUCCCUUGGACGACCUGCAUCCCACGGACUCUAGCCACUGCCUCCCGUCUGCUCUCAGGGGUAUCAGAAUGCAAGGGAAAUGGCCUAAUCAAGACUACAUUGGAAUUCGGAGCACUUAAAUUCACAGACAAACAUGAGUGGGUGCGUGUGGAAAAUGGCAUUGGCACAGUAGGCAUCAGCAGUUUUGCCCAGGAAGCAUUAGGUGAUGUGGUAUAUUGUGGACUUCCAGACGUCGGCACAAAGCUCAACAAAAUGGAUGAGUUUGGUGCUGUAGAAAGUGUGAAGGCUGCUAGUGAGCUGUACUCUCCUCUGACUGGGGAGGUAACAGAAACCAACAAAGCCCUGGCAGACAACCCUGGGCUAGUGAACAAAUCCUGCUACAGCGAGGGCUGGCUGAUCAGAAUGACUGUCGACAACCCGUCUGAGCUAGAGGAGCUCAUGGAGGAAGAGGCUUAUGAAAAAUAUAUCAAAUCAAUCGAGGACUAGGAGGCCCACUGGAAGUCUCCAUUCCCCCUUCUCAUGAAAACAAUGGUUAGAAUUUUAUUUACUAAUCCCAGCUACCCCUGAACUACUGCAGGCCCACAAGCAGAGGGUGAGCUAGAAUCAAUGGAAAUCUACAAAUAAAACACAGACGAGUUUUUUAACUGGA